AAAGGUGAUUCUACUACUACAAUUAAUGACAGAAAUGACUCACAAUUCAAAACAUUUCAAGUACUAAAAUAAAUCCAGUUAAUUCUUGAGGUAAACUGAAGGUUACAUGUAUAAAAAGACUAAAUGCUCUUAAUCGGCGAUUGCUGGAAAGAGCUCUAUAAGCGAAGUGCUGCAAAAAUCGCCGUCCAUCAGAGUACAAACACCCACGAUAUUCUAUAAAUAUGCCGAGCAGCCCCCGCACGAUCCACUCUCCAACAACACGCAUGAGCCGCGCGCCUUCAUGACUCUUUUGGGCUGGAAAAAAAUGAAAAAGUCGCAGUAUUCCAGAGCACCAGAGAGAAGUCGUCUUUUUAUUGUGGUUAUUGGCGAGUGUGGUCAGUUAAAGUCUCUGUGCACAUUAGUGCUCGGCGAAUCAGAUACUGCGCCAGUGUUGGCACAUAAAUGCUCUCGCGCACUGCGUGGACAGGCACUUGUGGCCACGCGCGGUCUGCAUUGCGUCGAAGCCUCCCCUCCCCCAUCCCGCUCCCAUGUGCAAUACAGUGCAACAAUAUGUUGGGCAUGAUUAAGGAAUUAUUCCCUCUCCGCUUAUUGAUCUCUCCUUUAAGAAGCCUUUCGCUUCCAUACCCCCCUGUCAGUGCGUCCCGAUAAAACAGACCGCUCGUCAUCUUGUCUACUCGUAAGAGGGAAAUUUUGCUGAUGCAGUGAUGUCUGGAAAUGGUAUGGUUCGCUUUUGCCCCCUUAAUGUAUCUCCCGCCUGAGCUGAGCUGCAGCAUUACAAUUUCUCAUGCAGUAUAAGCCAUUUACACCAAGGUGCCGCCGCACGAGCAGGAGCGGAGGGAGGACGUUGCGGCUUGAUGUUUUUCUUUUCAGCCUUUUCAGUCUUUUAGCACAGGUUUCAACUGAAUGUGAAGCAGCUUCGUAAGGCAUCUUGUUUAAGCCAUAUUUAUUUUAUUGCUAUUUGAUCGUUUGCGAAUGUCGUGAGUCGUUUUGCGUUAUGGAUGUGACAUUUAUGGACCGCAGUCGAACGGUCUGAAAGUGAGAAGAUGUGAAGAAGCCUUUUUCAUGCAGCAAAAAGGACUUGAGGGUGCAUUGCUGACAGGAGACAGCCGGCAGAAGACGCAUUCCUUCAGUAACGAGAGGCAGCCGAAGUGGAUGCAGUGGAAAGGAACGAUGGUCGAAUCAGUGACAACUGCAGUGGGGCCACGCUGAAGAAAAGAACAAGUUAUACUCUGUACCAGGAUAUAUUUGAAGAACUGGAGAAAAGGAAGGAAAGCAACGCCUUUGGGAGGGCAAUUGGAUGUCUACUUCAUUAAAUUAACUCCUGCGGAGCUUCAACUUUGACCUGCAGGAUGACAGUUGUGGCUGGGGACAACAUGGAUGAGACCUCUGCCGUGCCGGGGCAUCCGCAGGACACAUACCCCCCUGACCAUGACGAUCAUGAAUGCUGUGAACGGGUGGUCAUCAAUAUAGCGGGCCUGCGAUUCGAGACGCAGCUUAAAACUCUCGCCCAGUUCCCAGAGACUCUCUUAGGUAACCCAAAGAAGCGGAUGCGUUAUUUCGAUCCCUUGAGAAACGAGUACUUCUUUGACAGAAAUCGUCCGAGCUUUGAUGCCAUCCUGUACUAUUAUCAGUCCGGCGGACGACUGAGAAGGCCGGCGAAUGUCCCGUUGGAUAUGUUCUCAGAAGAAAUUAAGUUCUAUGAACUUGGGGUGGAGGCAAUGGAGAAGUUUCGUGAGGAUGAGGGCUUUAUCCGUGAGGAGGAGCGACCUUUACCAGAGAAAGAGUUUCAGCGACAAAUCUGGCUCCUGUUUGAGCAUCCUGAGAGCUCAGGGCCAGCCAGAGGAAUUGCUAUUGUGUCUGUUAUGGUCAUUUUAAUUUCCAUCGUCAUUUUCUGUUUGGAGACUUUACCUGAACUGAAAGAGGACCCUGAGGGGCGUAUAAAGAUUAUAGGCAACACCACAUACUACUACAAACCUAGCAUUCUGGCCGAUCCAUUCUUCAUCAUUGAGACCCUCUGCAUUAUCUGGUUUUCAUUCGAAUUGAUAGUGCGCUUCUUUGCUUGCCCAAGCAAAGCGGCCUUCUUUAAGAACAUGAUGAACACCAUUGACAUUGUGGCUAUUAUCCCUUACUUCAUCACGCUGGGCACAGAGUUAGCAGAGGAACAAGACGGAAAAGAGGGAAAGGGCGAGCAGGCAACAUCACUGGCCAUCCUCAGGGUGAUCCGUCUGGUCAGGGUGUUCAGAAUCUUCAAGCUGUCCAGGCACUCCAAAGGCCUUCAGAUUUUAGGGCAGACCCUCAAAGCCAGUAUGCGAGAGCUCGGAUUGCUUAUUUUCUUCCUCUUCAUUGGCGUCAUAUUGUUCUCCAGUGCUGUGUAUUUUGCAGAAGCAGAGGAAAAGGAGUCCUACUUCAGCAGCAUCCCAGAUGCAUUCUGGUGGGCAGUUGUGUCAAUGACUACCGUAGGCUACGGGGACAUGGUCCCAGUGACCAUCGGGGGCAAGAUUGUGGGUUCCCUGUGCGCCAUCGCUGGUGUGCUGACCAUUGCCCUCCCCGUGCCAGUCAUUGUGUCCAACUUCAACUAUUUCUAUCAUAGAGAAACCGAAGGAGAGGAGCAGGCCCAACUCCUGAACGUGAGCAACCCGAACAUUGCCUCCGAUUCAAACUCUAGUCGCCGAAGCUCCUCAACCGUCAGCAAGUCUGAGUACAUGGAGAUAGAUGGAGACAUAAACAACAGCAUCGACAAUUUCAGAGAGGCCAACCUCAGAACUGGCAACUGCACUAUCCCCAAUCAGAACUGUGUGAACAAAAGUAAGCUGCUAACCGAUGUCUAGAGGCACAGUUGAAAAGUCACGUGCUGACUGAAGUCACAUAUGAAUGCUUACUUUACCUCCUCUCGUGAGCCCUUGCAAUGCGAAUAACUCUACAAUGCAGACGAAAGAAAAAUACUACACCAAAACAUUUAGAACAUAACUGCAACAAAUGAGGCAGACAAUUCAGUAUAUACAUUUCCAAAGAGGAUGAAUGAGAAAAAAGCCUCCUCAAGCAUCUAGCUAGCGUCCAUGGGCAUUGAAGGACUCUCGACGGCGGGAUUACUAAAACAUCACGCAUGGACUACAGACUACAUUUCAGCAAGCUGCACACUGCAUCUGGGAAAGUGCAUAAAAGACCAAGUGCAGUGUUCGGUGGACGCCUCAUCCGUAGGUGGUCUUCCCCAACUGACCAGCAAAGCACCUUAUAUGAACAAGACUUAUCUUCUGCUGGGAUGCUACGGAGGCCAAGGUCAUCGCCUCAUGGACAUCCGCAUUGCUGCUAUUUUCCAGCAGAUGCUGUAAUUUAGAUAUCACCAAGUGAUUAAAUGCCAUGCCCUUUAGAUAUAAGACAGCACAAUGCCGAAGGAGGAGCCUCAUAGUUAGCAUGUUUAGAUUAUCCUCAUUUUGAUAUUGGCAUGCGUCGGACAUUACCUCAUGAAGAUAGGAAAUCCAUUCCUUUUUUGCUUUUGAAAUUUUUGUGUUCAGCUCCAUCAGCUCCCCUCUACAUCGACCUCCUCUCAUUGGUCGCCAUGAAAAGUGCACUAGUGUGUCAUGAUUUGAGAUGCUAAUCAUUUAGGUGUAUUUAAAGACUGAAUGUUUAACCUUAUGGGAAACAGAAUCUUAAUGAUAUCAUAGCAUGUCAGAAGAACCUGCAUUAUGGCCUAAUCAACUAAGGUACUGUGUAUCCUAGUAUAUUUAAUGCAUGACAUCGGUAUAAUACAGCUUGUUGCAAUUGAGAUACCUCAUAAGGGUGUCAUUGUUACAAUCAGGGAAACUAGGGACAUCGAUUCCUUGAUAUUUUCUGAAAUGUGACAAAAUAUAUAUGCAAGCCCCAACGCUGGGAUGCAAACUUUUCAAUCUAAAAAGUAGUCGAGGACACAGAAAAAGAACUAUCAAGAUACUAUCAAAUGCAUAUACUCAUACUAAGCGCACCUGUUAAAAAAAUUAUAUAACUUAAAUAGUGCAGUGCAUGGGCAUUCUCUCUCUUGGGAGAGAGAGAGCAAAAAAAACAAAACACAAAAAAAAAAAAAAAGAAAACUUUGGGCAAUUAUACUUCACGCUUCCAUUUUGUGAUCAAAUUUAGGAUAUCAAGAAUUGCUUAAUUUAUCUUAGCAGGAUGCAAAAGAGAACAUGGCAGAAUUACUCAUAUUAGUUGCUAGUGCCUUUGACCCUCUCAGCAACCGGACAGGUGAAAGUGCCUCUGAGUAACUGGAGUUUUAGGCAGGGCAAGGGAACAAUAUCUGCUCUAGAACUGUCAUAAUGUAUGUAUUGAGGCUGGUCAUUACAGUGUAUACAGAGUGCUUUUUAUUUUUUGUUGAUGAUUUUUUGUUAUUGUUGGUGUUGUUUCAUUUGUGACACAUGGUUGUCAGGCACAAACCCGAAACUUUACGUGUUUUCAUACGACAGCUGAGCUUGAAUAUGAAAUCAGACAUAUGAUUUUCGCAUGACAGGACCUUUCAGAGUUUUGGAUCUGCCUUUCAUUGUGGUUUUGAUUAUGUUGUGCCAUAAUUAAAAGUCUACCUCAGUGAGGUCGCCGCACAGCUCACUGCAGAGCAGAACAUGAGAGUACAUAACAGCCUAUGAAGUGUGAUGAUAAGCCAGAAAUAAUACACUAAGAGUACCCCCGAAUUAGCCUUUUUUUUCCAAGCACUUAUAACAAACGCAACAAUACGACGACCCCUGACCCCUUGGAUCUGUAACGCUCCCUUGCUAAGCACAAUCAACAUCUACUUGGUUGUUUCACAGUCUUUUUUUAAAAAAAGAGAGAGAUCUGGGAAGAAACAAUAGCACAGGCUUUCCUAUACCACAGGGUAUAAACUAGACUAGGGUUGUCCAGUCCUGCUCCCAGAGGUCCAGUUCCCAAUCCCAAUUCUGGGGGUGUCCAAACUUGGUACUGGAGGGCUGAGCACUGUUCCGCAAAGUUUAGCUUCAACUUGCCUCAACAGUGUCUAGAAGCUUCUAAUAUGCCUAGCAAGACCUUGAUUAGCAAAAUCAUGUGUAGUUAAUUGAGAUACGCGUUAAAAUAUGCAGGUCAGUAGCCUUCUAGGAGCAGGAUUGGACAUCUCUGCAUCUGAAUACACACAUUUAUGCUGCUUUGGAUGUUGGAUAAAGCUCAUCUAAGGUUGGCUUGGCAGAAAUGUGCAUCAUGGGCACAUAGCAGCAGAAAAGGGGGAGAAGCCAGCCCCUCCUGAAAGCUAAGACUAUGAAUGGGACACCCUUUCCCAGUCUCUGGGACUUAACGGCCACUGUUAGUCCACAAGACUGCGAAUGCACACCAAGUGUGAAAUUUUUGAUUAUUUGAUAUGGUUCCUAUUGAAUCUUUUACUGAUUUUAAUUUUGCUUGGAGUUAAACUCUGCAGGACAGCGGACCUUCUUGGUGCAAGUUAAGGCAUCCCUGAACUAGACAUCUAUUUACAAAGCUAAAAAUUGACAAAAUCUUUUCAUUUUAAAAUAUGUCUUCUAAAACAUUUCCACUUGGUGUUAAAAGUUUAAAUUAUGAACCCUGCACCCACCAAGAACUACUUUGAUUGAAAGUGAAAUCAUGUGUAGGCCGUUCUAGUGUAUAUGGCUAAAGCUUUCCUUUCUCCAUGAUAAUUAAAAAUGCUUCAGAAUGUCCCUCAUUAAAUGAGUUUGUUUGGGGCUAAUUUCAUUUACUAAACACAAGCAAGUCUGCCAGACCAGCUCGUAAACAAGUUGCCUGAUCACAUGACCCUUAUUGAUCGAUGAGGUGUGAUUGUAAUCACAGGCAAACAGCAGUAUUUUACCUUGGGCAGUUUCCUAUAAUGCUAACAUGGGUUUAGUCACCUCUGCUGCAGCUCUGUGACAGAAAGAACUAUUCAGGGGUUUAUUAAAGCUUUUUGUUUGGAAUUCAUAACAUUGCUUUUAGAGGCAAUUUGGGCUUAUGAAACGAAACAACUCAUGCAGCCUGUGUUUUAAUAUGGUGAAUUGAUUAAUUCUAAAAUAAGGACGAGUGUUUGUACCUAGCGUGUGAGUGGUGAUCAAACCCUAUGGUGCUAUGCAUAAUCUUAUAUUUAAUAACUACACCAUAAAUCAUAGCAAUAGGGAGGAAGUUACAGGACUGUCCAGAAUGCUUAUUUUAAUAUCAACCAAGGGCUGUGGCAAACUUUUGAUAAGAAUAGAGAUUAUAAAUGUAAAGGGAGACAUAAUGUACACCAACGAUAAAGUUUUAGUAGGCAAAAUUCAUAUUUCAUGUACUUUACGUUGCUAUAGUUAAAAAAAAAAAAAACAGAACAUGAGACUAAUUUUGCUAUCUCCCGUACUGAAGCAAAUUAUGUUCAAACUUUAUGCCUCUGAUCUAAGGUGAGGACUGUUUAUGUAUAAAAUAUUUAAAUAAAUUAUGGCUUAGGAGGUUAUUAGUUGAGUCUGUAAAGGUGUAAAUCCAUAACAUACUACAUAUUUUCACUUGUUUUUCUAUGUAUAUAUAUUUGCAUCGCAAGAAGCUGAUAUUAAGCUUUAUUUUCAGAACGGAUAAGAAAUUACUUAUAAAGCCCUGUACUUGACAUGCUGGGAAAAACAUGCAUAUUGUGGCCAUAAAUUAACUAAUAUCCAAGCAGGUUUACUAAUUUGUUCCUCUGUGUACAAUGAAAAAUUGUUUGUUCCCUCAUUUGGUAAAUAAUGGCCAUGUUGCAAUAUUUAUCACCUUGUUGUAGUGUAGAGAAUAAAUUAGUUCAACGUGGCCACGGUUAACUAAAACGAGGGAAUUAAUAAAUCACUGGAUUAAAUUCCAUUUUUUCACACUUGAUUUAACUAAAACAAGUGAAUUAACUUGUGAUUUCAAUGUAAAAAAAAAAGACAACAUUUUCGAAAUUUAUAUUAUAGAAUUGUUCAUUUUUUUUCACAAUUUUACAAUAACUAAAAGAAAUAACAACUUUGGUUUACUAAAAUGAAAGAACAAAUUAUGAAUUUGAGACAUGACAGUUAAAACGGUUGAUCAAAUUAGAAAAUCGUGACUUAAAUUUACAAAUAAAAAAAAGUGAUUGAACUAUCUAUAUUAAUUGUAGCUACAAAUUAUUAAAUGUAAGAAGACAUUCUUAGUUUGUGAGAAGAAGUACAUAAUUUAUGGUCAAAAUUUUUCUAAAAAGAAAGAAUGAAUUUCUUAUUUGAGGAAAUAAAUUCUUAAUGUGUGGCUGUGACUGAACUAAAAUGAUGUAAACAAAUUGUUUAUUAAUAUCAAUUAAUUUUUAAUUUGUGGCCAUGAUUGAACUAAAACGAGUAAACAAAUUAACAAAAAGAGAACAAUUGUGGGACUUAACUAAAAUGAUUUAACAAAUUUGUAAAUUGUGGCUACAACUAAUUAAAAUGUAAAAAUAAAUGAUUAAUUUGUGAGAAUAAAUUCAUAAUUUCUGGCCACAAUUUUACUAAAAUAAGUGUAUAAAUAAUGGUACAAGCAAAUCGUACUAAAAUGUAAAAAUGAGAACGUAUAAACUAAUAACAAUUAGCCAAUUAUUGGAAAAGUUACGAAUUAAGUUGGAUUUAACUGAAACGAGCGAAUAAGUUAGUAAUUUGUGAAACCAAUUAAUUAAAAUAACAGAUCCAAAUCUUAAUUCAUUGUAAUUACUUUCAUACUUUUUUGUCAUGAGUGAACUAAAACAAGUGAACAAAUUAGCAAACCGUGACUGAUUUGUGACAAAACCAGUGGCCGCAAUAUAUUUUCCGCAUGUCAAUUGCGGGGCUUCAAAAAUAACAUACACUGUAGAAGGAAAAGACGAAAACUACUGAGUGACAUAACUACUACCGAGUUACCAGAUGUAAAGCUUGCUGUUGAAAAAUGAGGGACGCUAAUAGUGCUCCCAGGUUGUGGCCUUUUUGGAGGAUGUUGCAGACAUACUUAUUUUCUUCACCUGCGUGGCCUCGUCUAGCUAUAUUACCAUGUUGCGUCCAUGUGGCACUAUAGUUAACUGUGCUUUAAACAACCCAUGCCCUUGAUAAAACUACAGUAGACUCACAAACGAGUCCUUAAGACAAGCCAUUACAAUAUAUAGGAAGAUUAUAGCUUGUAUUAUCGAUAUCAUGAAAUAAAUCAAAUAAACGGCAUUAGCAUCGAAAAUGUACUGUACAUUGUACUUUUUUUUUGUAAUAACCUCAACUCCAUACCACCAUACCGAACCAAAAGUCAACAGCAACCUAGCAAUUGCAAAAAUCUGCAUGGUGUAUGGAAGACUGCAUGAGCUUAGCCUUUCAAAACUGAGGAUCAACUAUAUUCUGGUUGCAUCAUUUUUUAAGCCCUUGCUGUCAUUUGUUCCUGAAGCCAUCUUCAUUAUUUAUUAGCUGUUAUUUUCGUUCCCUAAACGUUAUUUAAUCCACCGAUCAGAUUUAAUUGAUUGAUUUAUUUAUGUCGGCUUUAUUUGAGAUUCUCUUUCAGGAUGCUGAAUGAUACAUGGAUUAUAUAAUGACAUGAAUUCAUUGACACGUUUAAUUCUGCCAAAAAAAAAAAAAAAAGAGAGAGCAGGAAACCCAAACUAGAGUCCAUACAGUCAUUACGUACUGGCCAUUUCAGCUACAUGUUUAUGUUCGAUGAUGUUAAUGUUUGUUCCAUGUAUUUAACAUGUUUAUCUACUUUUUGUACUUUUGUUAUGCUAAAUUAUGUUCAUUUUGUUGUACAUUGACAAAGGCAUGGUCUGUGAUCUAUGCAAGGGUUCUUUUGUUUCUUAUGUCAAAUAUGAUUUGAUCAUACAUCCAAAUCAAUAAAUUUUUAAUGAUCAGC